AAAAAUUCCCGUCUCGAAGAACUUUAUCUGUGACAAAAAACAUGCACUCAUCUAUAUAACAGAAAACACUCACUCACUCACACACACACGCACUAGAAAGAGGAAAAAACACACAAAACACGCGCGCACACACACUCCCAGAUAUUCUUCCAAGUAGGAGCAAGCAUAUUCCUCGUGAGGGCCUCCUGAAUUUUCUCUAUCAAUACAGAGGUUUUUUGGUAAUUUUAUUUGGAAGGAUCGAGAUUAGCUGGGAAAAAAAUGCUGUGGGAGGCCGGCGGUGGAGCGACGGAGCCCUCGUCGAUGGCCUCGGCGGCUGCGGCCGCGGCGGCGGGGCGGAGGAAGCCGUCUUUGAGGGAGAGGGAGAACAAUCGGAGGAGGGAGAGGCGGAGGAGGGCGAUCGCGGCGAAGAUCUACACGGGGCUGAGGGCGCAGGGGAAUUACAAUCUGCCCAAGCACUGUGACAAUAACGAGGUGCUCAAGGCUCUCUGCGCCGAGGCCGGGUGGAUCGUCGAGCCGGAUGGCACCACUUACCGGAGGGGAUGCAAGCCACCAAGCCCAAUGGAAAUCGGAGGCUCCUCAAGAAACCCGAGCCCACCAUCCUCCUACUUCGCGAGCCCAAUUCCCUCCUACCAGCCCAGCCCAACCUCAUCCUCCUUCCCAAGCCCAAACCGUAACGACCCAAACCACCACCAUUGCCAGCUCCCAUUUCUCCUCCCUCCUCUCCGUAUAUCAAACAGUGCUCCCGUCACUCCUCCCCUCUCUUCCCCCACCCGUAAGCCUCCCCCCUUCAGCCUCGAAGCCCUCGCCAGACAAUCCAUGUCAGCACUCAACAUCCCCUUCUUCGCAGCAGCCUCCGAGCCCGCAAGCCCGGGACGCGGGCCCCGAUUUGGGCCUGCGACUAUACCGGAGUGCGACGAGUCGGAUGGUUCGACUGUCGAUUCUGGACGGUGGAUCAGUUUUCGGAGCCAUGUUGGGCCCGGGAUUCCACCGAGGAGCCCAACAUUCAGCCUUGUAGCUCGGCCACGCGGGCCGGGCCCGGAGGAUGAUGCUAUGGUGGUGGAUGAUGGGAAGGGGAAAGGGCCGGAGUUUGGGUUUGAUGGGGUGUUUGGUGGUGGGGCGGUUAAGCCGUGGGAAGGGGAGAGGAUUCAUGAGGUGGGGAUGGACGAGCUCGAGCUCACACUCGGGAGUGGGGCAAGUGCUCGUUGA